AUGCCGGUAUUAGAAAAUAUAGAAGCCAUGACAGUAAACACAUCACCUGCACCUGUAGCGGAUAUGGACGAUCCACACCAGGCGCAGCCAGUUCGCGAAAUAACCCAAACGGAUCAUCUCAAUAAACGCCUCUUAAAAUCAUUGCUCGACUCGAUGAAAUCCAAUGCAACUGACGCCCAAGAAAAUUCAACACCCACAGAGGCAAACAACGACAACAACAAUGAUUUUGAUGAUUGAUUUCUAUAUUUACAUUAAAACAUAUUAAAGUCAAAGUUUUGGUCAUGGUUUACCCACUAAAAAUAACAACUAUUUUUUCAUUAAACCAUUCGCAUUAAUGCUUCUAAAUACGUCGACGUUUGUUGUUUUGCAUAGGCGGUGGUGUUGUUGAGGGACUAAUAGAUUCAUUCGACAUGGAACCGCGAGUGCGCUUUGCAGACCUCUUUGGCAAAUCCAAGGCUUUUGUGGACGA